AUGCUUGCUGGACCAUCGCCAUCUCCGAUCUCUUCGUUGGCUAUGAAUGGAGGAACGCCUACUGGGAGGGUGCACAAGGCGGAGACUGGCAGCAUUCAAAUACCCCAGAGAAAGACCGCCCCGAAAGAUGAUGAAUCCAUUACUUCCGGCUCAACUACUUCGACUGAUAGUCAUAUGAAGAAGCGGCUCAGCGCAGACAUGUCUAAAGAACAGGUCGAAGAUUUGGUGAGGAAGUUGACGAUUGAUGAGAUGAAGACGAAAUGGUUUGAUGAGAUCUUUGAGAAAGUCAAGUCUGAGCUCGUCGAAGAUCAUUCACCAGCAAACAGUACACCCUCGUCUUCAGAACCACCCAGUCCCAAGACAAAUCCCGUCAAGCCCACUCCUUCUCAACAACCGGCUCAUCAAGAACCUGCUCGAGAGAACACAAAGAAACCUGAGCAAGCGACUUAUUCAUCCGAGUCCAGCAACAAACCCAGUUCCAACAGCAAACCCAAUGAUCCCAUCUCAUCCAGCCGCAGCUCCCUCGGUAACACCGGUAGUCCUUCAACAUCCUAUAUCUCCGACUCUACCUCAUCCAACCACCAGCACCAGUAUCAGCAGUAUCCAACACGACCGCAAUCAGUUCCACUGCCGCCUCAACCUACCACCUCAAAAGCACGACCUUCUGUUCGAUUCUCAAAGUCUCCCAUCAUCUUGAAUGAAGAGCCUGAACCUCGGCAUUCGGUGCCGCCGCGUCCAGCAUCACGAUCAGCGAUACCUUCUGAUCCAGCAAAACAGGGUCCAACACUAUCCGCAGUAGACCUGAAAUGGGGACGGCUGUUUGAUGAUAGAGGCGACCCUACUCCCAGGCUCGGACAGGUUCUCCGGGGAAUUGCCAACUAUUUGAUUGUCGAAUAUAGUCCUCGCAACUCACUCGUCGUCACACCGGAAAAGCUCAAGGUAUUCUACCAUGAAUACAAGCUUGACACAGAAACAUUUCCAUUCCAGCAAAUCUUUGACUGUCGACCACACGGAGCUUUAGAUAACCUUGAAACUAUGUAUCAACACCUACGAUGUGAGAACCACCUUGUCCAAAGACGACCAGGCGGCAUGCCUCACAUCCCAUCUCUCACACCAGCUGGUUUCGAGCGAUGGAUGACUUGCCAGAUCCAAGCGUUCCCUGAGCAGGAAGCCAAGCGCUUGAACCUCAUCAUGGCUGAUCUUCCAAUCAUCACCGAUGGCGCUUUUGAAGACGGCAAGCCUGAAAGGCUACCGAAACAGCUUUCUCGACAUCUUCUUCCGGUGAUUCGUGAUCGCGAGACCUAUGAUGAUGUGGUCGAUGCCAUCACUGGAUGGAUCAAGCGUACCGAGGAGAAUGAGUCUGAUCUCAGACGGACUUCAUCUGAGGAUGUUUACAAAUCGUCGUCAAAGGAAGACAAGGCAGGACGGUACAGACCGGAUGACUACCGGGAUCGAGACACCAAAUAUCGUCGAGGUUCCAAGGAUAGCCACAAGACACCACCGUUAUCUCGCUCCGCUUUCGUGCCUCGGGUCAAUUCAGACAGCACUGUUCGCCCUUCUAAGGACUCCUCUCCUAUACCUCCAGGCUCAAGCCACAGAUCCAGAAGUCCUAUCCCGUCCAGCCGCUAUCGCCACUCCACUUCAUCACUUGACGGUGGUGCCAGCGCGGCUGAUAACUACGAUUCACCUUCUCCUGGUCAUCGAAACGGCAGCAGUCGACGCAGUCGGGACAAAGAAUACCGGUAUUCCCCAAGUCGCGAUUCAAAGUCAUCCCUCGAAUCGAUUCCUCGGACAUUACCUCGUAGAGAUGGUGAUCGUCGAUCAAGUCUGAUCUUUGAAGAGACAGGCAAAGAUCCGAACGGGAUGACUUAUGAUGAAUACCUGCGCUUGAAUCCACGACCGAUGCGAAAUGCUGUUGUGGAUGACGGAGGCCAUUACCGAACCCCUUACUCUAGCGGAAGCGAUGAGCGAGCUCGUUGA